AUGCAGCUCUCGAGCGCGGCUGCAUCGUCCGCGAGAACCUCUACAAGCAACAGACGAAGCAUCUACGGGUCCGAAGUUAUCGUUGGGUCAGGGGCGUCCGCGAUAGUUUACCGGGCAUCCCAUAGGCAAACCGGUGAUGUUGUCGCCAUCAAACGCUACAAAGAGAAGCGCGCAACAACUACCUGGAAAGAGGGUAGCAUACUUUGCACGCUGAGCCACAAACAUAUCGUCACCUUUCACCACUUUCAUGUUCGUGAUGGAGAAGGAGCAGAGCUCAUUAUGGAGUAUGCUGUUCUCGGUAGCCUACUCGACCAAAUGAGAGCUAUGAGACUUACGGUGAAGGAAGCCCGCACGACUAUCGAACAUACCCUCCUAGCGCUGCAGUAUCUACACGACAAGGGAAUCACCCAUCGGGAUAUCAAGCCCGGUAAUAUACUCAUCAUGGACCGUAAUCCAAUCCACGCCAAGGUCGCCGAUUUUGGGAUAUCUAGCAAGGCUGAUUACCACGACACGCUUUGCGGCACGGCCCGGUAUAGUGCACCCGAAAUAUGUCAGCCACCAUACACAGCAAAGGUCGACAUUUGGUAUGUGGGAGUCAUAAUGAUGGAACUCUUGGGGAGUCUUCCCGCAAAGAGCAAGGUGUCCUGGGCUGAGAAGUUGGUGGCGCACAAGACAAAGCAGCCAUCGAAUAUGGUGACAGAAUUGCUGGACGCAUGCUUGCAACUUGAGCCAAAAGACAGAGCGACCGCUAAGAAAUGCCUUCAACUUCCCUUUUUCGAUUCCCAAACUGAUGAAGCACAAAAUCAGACUCUUCUCGCGAAUAGCCUUGAUGCUGAGGGCUGUGCAACGGUUGUGAGAAUCGACAGCAGCAUCCCAGACACUGCCCCAUGCGAUGUGCCGGAAAACAAACCUCCGCUCCUGCUAGAGGAGCAGGGAGAAGAGCCUCCACCAGCAGUCUCCAAUCUAGGUUGGAACGUAGAGGACUUGGAACCAUUUCUGCUGCACGGGGAAGGGGAGCAAAUCGCGUCUCCUCCACAGUUGCAAGGCUGGACAAGUGAAGACUGGGACCGUCUCCUGUCACAGGCAGAAACUCGGCCAGAACUAUACCUGAAUCUUCCCCUAUUUGAAGAGAUUCCCACCUGGAACCCAAUUGACGUGGAAAAUUGGAUCCCCGGCGGUGCACGCGACGUUCAAUCGGACACAGCUGCAACGGACCCCGUGACUGCGUCGGACAGCGACAAGUGA